AUGAGACCGCAAACUAUGUGGCGGUCAUUCAGCCUGCUGCGACCUAUCGCUCGCUAUGCACCUGUUACCCGUCGGGCUAUUCAGAUGGCCAGUUCUCGGCCUAUCCCUGACUUUGCCUUUGCAUUCGACAUCGACGGUGUUCUCCUGCGAGCUUCGAAACCUAUCCCGGGUGCUGCGGACUCACUGGCCCUCUUGAAGGAGCAGGGUAUUCCCUUCAUCCUACUCACCAAUGGCGGCGGCAAGCACGAGACAGAGCGCGUCGCUGAGAUCAGUGAGAAGCUACAAGUCCCAUUGGAUCCCACACACAUUGUGCAGAGCCAUUCACCUUUUGCGGAGCUGGUUAAGGGAACCGAUGAGGCUAGCUCUCUUGAGCACAAAUGCGUGUUAGUUGCCGGAGGCGAUGGGGAUAACUGUCGGCGCGUGGCAGAACAGUACGGAUUUAGGAAUGUUGUCACCCCGGGAGAUAUCCUCAUGGCGAACUCGGCCAUCUGGCCGUUCUCCAAGAACUUCAGCGACUAUUACAAGACGUUCGCCCGCCCGCUACCUAAGCCAAUUGACUUGAAUGACCCAUUAAAGAGUCUCAAAAUUGACGCUGUCUUUGUGUUCAAUGACCCCCGAGAUUGGGCAUUGGACACCCAGGUGAUCAUGGAUCUUCUUCUCUCGUCACAGGGCCGUAUGGGCACCUUGUCCGAGAAGAACGGUCGGAUCGAUCUACCCAACCACGGCUACCAACAGGAUGGCCAGCCUCACCUGUAUUUCUCCAACCCUGACUUGUGGUGGGCUGCCGCCUAUCCCUUGCCCCGUCUGGGCCAGGGCGGUUUCCGAGAGGCACUCGAGGGUGUCUGGGCCGCGACUACAGGAGGCCCCAGCAAGGGCAUUGAGCUGAAGAAGACCGUGAUCGGGAAACCUUAUCAGCCUACGUACGAAUUUGCGGAACGACAGAUGCUCCGCAACCGAAUGAAGACGUUUGGUGAUUCUGCAGAUUUCCCGCCUUUGCAAAGAGUCUAUAUGGUCGGUGAUAAUCCCGAGUCUGAUAUUCGGGGCGCAAACUCCUACCGCAGUGAAUUUGGCAGUAGCUGGCACUCGAUCCUUGUUCGGACUGGCGUCUACAGAGGCGGUGAGCCUGCUUGGACCCCUCAAACCAUUGCGGACAAUGUACACCAGGCUGUUCAAUGGGCGUUGGAGAGCUCCAAAUGGCCCGCCGCUUGA